UUUGCUCAAGUUUAGUGGGGAUAAUUCAUCCCAUUGAAAAAAAAUAUUUUCGUUAGAAUCGCGUACUUGAGGCAGUUUAAAAUGGCUAAUUCGUUGUUGUGACGCUCGAAAAAAUUCAUAUAAAGUGCGUCAAAUCAUUCUCGUGAUUUUUUAAAUAAUUCUCGUGUUCAUUUGAAAAGAAAGUAUCUUCAAAAUGAAGUCCAUGUCGAAUGGUCAUUCGUCAACUGAAAAGCUGGACAUGGUGGAAAAUGAAAUAAACUUGAAUCUGGUAUUCCAUGACGAAGUUCACCAUGGAAAUUUACUGGAAGGGCUGAAUAAGAUGAGGAAAAAUCGGCAGUUUUGUGAUGUUAUACUCCACGUGGGAAAUAUUGAGAUUCACGCUCAUCGUGCUGUACUGGCAAGUGCGUCUCCCUACCUGUUCGAUUUGUUUACAAACGACCAGGAACAGAAACUACCCGUGGAAAAUAUUAUCACGUAUAAAUUGAACGGUGGAUUUGAUAAACACGCUCUUCAAUUGCUCGUUGAAUACGCUUACACUUCCAAACUUGACGUUCCUUACCAAAAGGUGAAAGCUGUAUACCAAGCUGCUACUCAUCUAAAAAUCGAAAGAGUUGCCAGAUUGUGUACUGAACAUUUAAUCAAACAUUUAUCGCCUGAUAACUGCAUUGAAAUUCGGAAUUUGCCCGGAAUUGCCAAGAACGAAGAAUUUUGUAAAAGGGUCGAUGAAUAUAUUGCUAAAGAGUAUGAAACUAUUAGUAAAAGUCCGGCCCUUCUUAAUUUAUUCUGCGCUCGAAUUGAAGUGCUUAACCAGUCUCGGCAAGAAAUGAGUUUGGUGGAUCAAAAUUCGGUGUGUCGUUUGGUAUUGGACUGGAUCAAAAGGCAAAUGAAUGAAGAGUCUCUAUCGUUAGACGCAUUAUCAGAAAAAACACACAUGCUUUACAUUGCUAUUGACAAUUCUUUACAAGAUUGUUCCGGUUUACCUUCAGGGGAUAUAAGCGAUACGGAAAUAGUACAAGAUUAUAAGAAAAUGUCUUCAAAAACUGGAAAGCCUAAUUCCAAGAACAAACGUAAAUUCCUCGGCCAACCAACAAAACCUCGCGUUUUAAUCCAUUCACGUGAAAUUGGUGAAGAACCUGAAGUUGAAAGAGAACCUGACUGGAGUCUUAUAGCUACCUCGAAACUUGCUGAUCACAGUUUUCUUGCUUUGGUCACCUUAGCAGGGCAACUUGCUUCCUUAUCCAUACAAUUGAGACUGAAUACACCAACCACCCCGUCACCAAUAACAACCCCCGACGUAAGUCGUUCGACGAGCGAAGAAAAGCCCGAUCUAUAUUGUGCAAUUGCAAAUAUGUCUUGCGCUCGUUGUUCCAUGGGUUGUGGUAACCUUAAUAACACACUGUUGGUUUGCGGUGGGUAUGAUAGGGUUGAGUGUUUGAAAACAGUUGAACAAUACAUUCCUGAAAUUAACAAGUGGAAAGAACUCCCCUCGAUGAAGUACCCUAGGGGACGUGUCCAGAUAGCAGUCCUUUCCAACAAAGUCUAUGCCAUUGGAGGCAGUAACGGUACAACUGAGCUGGAUUCGGUUGAGAUGCUGGAUGUUAAUGCUGAAAAAUGGGUAUCAUUGCCUAAAUUACCAUUGGCACGUAGUAAUAUGGGUGUAUGUGACUUGAAUGGUCUUAUCUACUGUGUUGGAGGAUGGAAUGGACAAGUGGGAAUAAAACAAUGUGAUACUUUUGAUCCAGAGACUUGCACGUGGUCUACUAUAGCUUCUCUGAAUACAGGGAGAUAUCAAGCUGGUGUAACUGCUUUUAAUGGUCUUGUUUACGCCAUUGGAGGCUCUGAUGCCUGGAACUGUUUGAAUACUGUCGAGGUUUAUAAUCCAACUGAUAACGUUUGGACUUUCUCUAAACAUAUAAUAACAGCAAGAAGGGGUUGUGGAGUAGCAGUUUUCAACAACAAACUAUAUGUCAUUGGAGGAUCGGAUGGUACCCAAUCUUUGAAUUCCACUGAAGUUUUUGAUGAGGAAACUCAGAGCUGGAUGGUGGGGCCAAGUAUGACAACACCAAGGUCUAAUGUGGAAGUUGCAGUCGUAGGUGAUAGACUUUAUGCUGUUGGUGGAUUUUCCGGUAAAAGCUUUUUAAAUACAAUUGAAUAUUUGGAUUCCAAUUCAAAUGAGUGGACGACAUUCGUCCCUAAGAUUACAUCGGAGCCCUACAAGAGGCACAGGCGUUCCAGUAGAAAAAGUGUAUCAGAUGAAGCAAAGACUAGCGAACUAAAAUCACCACAGAAGUCUGCACUUGAAGAACAGGAAUCCAAAAAGGAGAACAGAGCUUGUAACUUGUAAUUUGGGAGGAAUAUCAUUUAUUUUAAGUAAAAAUUUACUUAAUAAAAUAAUGUAAGGCAUAUUUACUAUUUCCCUUGCUGUUAACUACUUAAAAUAAAUAUAAGCAUCCCAGUUAUUAUCUAUUGUUCUCCUGUCUGUAAGAUGACUUUUUUGUUUUCCUAGGAGCGUAAUUGAACUAGUUGUAGACGUUUUUAUUUCUAAUUACGUUUACCUUUUCUAUAAAUUUUAAGAGACUAUAACAUUCAAUGAUAAAUUAAUUAAUUAAUUAUAAAGGGUGAGCGUUCCGAAAUUUGUUUAGUUAUUUAACUACUUAUUUUAACUCGUUUAAUCGAGAUAAAGUAAUUUUGCCAUUGUGUAGAGUUUUUUAAAUUUUAAAUAUUUAUUUUAUUUUUCUUAGGAAAAACAUUAUAAAACAGUUUUGUUGGAUAUUUCGUAUUGGUAUUUAGCAAAGUAAAAUAAAAUUGUGUUGUUUGUUUCUAAUUUUAAUUUAUUUACGAUUUCAGAAAGUGUUUCUUAUUUUUAGUUAAAAAAGUAGACAGCUAAAUGUCCAGCAAUCCUGUUAAUAGAAAAUUGUAGCAAAGGCUAAAGGGCCGUAAGCAUAAUAAACCGGUCCUCGUGAAACAUUUUACUUAUAUUUUUCGAUAACUAGGUAUAAUAUUAAAAUCCUGAACGCCUGAAAAUCGAGCUUGGCGUUUUCAUCAGAUUUACUCCAGACUAAUUGUAAUAGAAAUUUAAUUAAGAGGUACUGAAAAAACAAUUUAUUUUUCUUAACUGAUAAAACUUGUUUCUUUUUUUUAAUAUAGCAUAUUCUACCUACUUAUCUUGAAAGCAUGAGAGGUACGUUGAAAGGGCCGAAUGGUUCAAUAGCCUUAUCUCCCUAAGGGUUUUAUUUAUUUAUAACUUGUUUAAAAGUACAAUAGUUACUGAUUGUAUUGUCAAAUUGAUUAUGUGCCUAACACGUUCUACAUGCAAAUCUCUAUCUUAACAAGAAGUGCAUUUACGUAUUUAAAAGGAGAAUUAGUAAUUGCAUUUUUGUAUCUUAUUUAUAGCCGUUGAAAACGGUGAAACUUUUUAAAGCUGCUUUCAGGUUUAUUGUAAUAAAAUGGACUGUAUCAGUAAUAUAUUUUGAUAAGCACUUUA